AUGACAAACAAGCACUGGGCUGCUAGCAUUCUUCUUGCAGCUUUUGUCCGAGCUGACUUUGACCCGUUGAGCUUCGUUGAUCCAUUGAUCGGUACCAAUAAUGGCGGAAACGUGUUCGCCGGAGCUACCUUGCCUUACGGCAUGGCCAAGCCUGUCGCCGACGUCAAUGGUCUGAAUACAGGUGGCUUUGCUACUGACGGCAGUGGUGUGACUGGAUUUUCAGCCAUGCAUGAUUCAGGCACCGGAGGCAAUCCAUCCUUGGGAAAUUUUCCAAUUUUACCCCAGAUUUGCCCAGACGAUGUGAUUGACAACUGCAACUUUUUGAUUGGCUCGCGUGCUGUCAACUAUGACAACUCGUCUGUCAAGGCCAGCCCAGGGKAUUUUGGCUUGGAAUUGGCUAAUGGCAUUGCUGCGGAAAUGACAGCCACUCAGCACGCGGCACUUUAUAGAUUCAACUUUCAAAGUGCAUUCGCUAACAGCACUGGAACUAAGCCCUUUGUGCUUCUCGAUCUAACCGAUCUAUGGCAAAGUAGGCAAAAUGCUACAAUUAGUGUCGAUGAAACCACUGGCCGUAUCCGUGCAAAUGGAACGUUCCUGCCAAGCUUUGGUGCAGGCUACUACGAGUCGUUCGUGUGCGUUGAUUUUGCAGGCGGUAGCGUUAACGAUACUGGCAUCUGGGUGAACAAUCGAGCUGGUACAGUAGUCAAGGAUCUUUUCGUCACUCGUGGUUUCAAUCUUUUCUACCUGGAAGCCGGCGGCUUCGUCACUUUCGAUAGUCUAUCGAACAAUACGUUAUAUGCUCGUGUAGGAGUCAGUCUGGUCAGUACCGAGAAAGCUUGUCAAAACGCCGAAACAGAAAUUCCCGAACCGACCUCAAAUUUCGCAGACAUCCAAUCUGCCGCUGAGCAAGCGUGGAGAGAGAAGCUCAGUCCCGUGUCUGUCAAUGCGACAGGUGUGAGUGAGGAUUUGCAAAAGCUGUUCUGGAGUGGUAUCUACAGAACGAUGCUGUCUCCGCAGAAUUACACCGGUGAAAAUCCUCUCUGGAACAGCGAUGAGCCUUACUUCGACUCGUAUUAUUGCAUUUGGGACGCCUUCAGAGUUCAGUACCCACUGUUGACAAUCGUCGAUCCAAGUGCACAAUCACAAAUGGUUCGCAGUUUGGUGGACAUUUACAAGCACGAGGGCUGGCUUCCUGAUUGCCGCAUGAGUCUUUGCAAAGGAUGGACUCAAGGCGGCUCUAAUGCCGAUGUGGUUCUGGCUGAUGCUUUCGUGAAGAACCUUACCGGGAUCGAUUGGAGCCUCGCCUAUGACGCAUUAGUAAAUGAUGCCGAAAAUGAGCCCCUAGAAUGGUCUGUACAGGGACGUGGUGGUUUGCAAAGCUGGAAGAGCGUCAACUAUAUUCCUUAUCUAGAUUUUGACUAUUUAGGAUUCGGAACCAACUCUCGCUCAAUCUCACGCACAGUUGAGUACGCCUAUAACGAUUAUUGUGUCGGUGUGGUUGGGAAGGGUCUGGGCAAGGCCAACUCUACAAAAUAUCUUUCUCGGUCAACGAAUUGGCAGAAUAUUUUCAAAGCAGACCAAACUUCUUUUAUCAACGGAACUGACACUGGUUUUGUGGGAUUUUUCCAACCCAAGUACCUGAAUGGUACCUGGGGUUUUCAAGACCCCAUCGCUUGCAGUCCAUUGACUGACUUUUGCUCCCUGACUUCUAACCCGUCCGAGACAUUUGAAUCUAGUGUUUGGGAAUAUCAAUUUUAUGUACCUCACGACAUGAGUUCUCUGAUUAGCACCCUCGGUGGCGCAGAUCAAUUCAUCUCGCGACUUGACUAUUACUACGAGUCUGGGAUAGCCGACAUUAGCAAUGAGCCUGUCUUCCUCUCCGUAUAUUCCUAUCAUUACGCAGGUCGUCCCGGUCUAUCCACCAAACGCGCGCAUAGCUACAUCCCGUCAUCCUUCAAUGCUAGCGAAUCAGGUCUACCAGGCAACGACGACUCCGGCGCCAUGGCUUCAUUCUCUAUAUUCUCGCAAUUGGGCAUGUUCCCAGUCGCAGGUCAGAAUGUGUACCUCAUCUCAAGCCCAUUCUUCGAAUCCGUCAAUAUCACUCACCCGGAGACCAAGAAGACGGCAACAAUUCGUGUCACGAACUUCGAUCCGACGUAUACUGACAUUUACAUCAUGAAUGCGACGCUGAAUGGUAAGACAUAUACGAAAAAUUGGAUAAGCCAUGAAUUCUUCCUCGAGGGCCAGACUCUCGAGUUGACAGUUGGCUCAAACGAGACUGCUAGUACAUGGGGUAAAAGUGCGGAUGAUUUGCCGCCUAGUCUGUCGAUUGCUACUCAGCGUUUAUUCUGA